AUGUGGCUACAGGGUGUGGCUGUAAUAUUACCAAGAGUUCAGCGUCAUUAUAAUAUAUCAAAUGAAUAUAUUGGUAUUUUAUCUAGUUCAAUAUUUACAGGAAUGAUGUUUGGUGCCCUUUUCUGGGGGGUUCUUUCUGAUUCUCACGGUCGUAAGCAAGCAUUCAAUUGGACCUUAGCGAUCACAUCAUUAUUUGGAGUAUUUUCAAGUUUUUCGCAAAAUUUCGCACAAUUAUGUUUUUUAUUAUUUUUAUUGGGAUUUGGUGUCGGUGGAAAUAUGCCAGUUGAUGGCGCACUUUUCUUGGAAUUCAUACCAAAAGAACAUCAGUAUCUUUUAACUUUUAUGUCAGUAUUUUUUUCAUUUGGAGCUGUCUUAACAUCAGUGUUGGCAUAUAUUGUUCUGCCUCCAUACAGUUGUCCAGAAAUGAAAAAGGGAGAAAUAGAUACUUGUGAUGUGUCGAUAGAAAAUAAUGGCUGGAGAUAUUUGUUGGCAACUUUAGGAACUUUGACAUUUCUUAUGCUUGUUGCUCGUAUAUUAUUUUUUCGUCUUCAAGAAUCACCAAAAUAUCUAAUAUCUCGUAAUCGUAAACAUGAUGCAAUAUUAGUACUGCGUAAAAUUGCAAGUAUUAAUGGCAAUGAUAUGCAAAUACAAGUUACUGAUUUCCCAAUAACUCCAGUAGCAAGCAAUAAAGCAAGCAUGGAUGGAUCCAUUUCUCCAUCAUCGUUUUCUUACCCAACACGUCAACAACAUCAUGACGAUGAUCCAGAAUCAUUUUCAAAGUUUUUCUCUAAUCCUUUAGGUUUUAUAAAUUCACGUCUCUCAUCAAAAGUGGUAGCGGUCAAACCAUUAUUUUCAAGAAAAUGGGUUACUACUACAUUACUUGUAUGGGCUAUAUGGACUCUGGUUUCAUUUGGAUAUACUAUGUUUAAUGUUUUUCUGCCUAAAUAUCUUGAAAAUCUAGGUUCAGAUGAUGAAGAUACUGAUGAUGAAAAUCGAUCAAUGAAAAAUGUAUUAAAAGAUUAUCUGAUUUAUUCAAUAUGUGGAAUACCUGGUUCUUUGCUUGGAACGUAUUUUAUUGAGACAGCCCUUGGUCGUAGAGGUACAAUGUCUUUGGCAACAUUUGGAACUGCCUUUGCUGUGUUUAUGUUUUCCAUAGUCAAUACACAUUCUGGUGAAGUGAUUUUUUCUGCAAUGUUUAGUUUAUUGGCAACUUUAAAUUAUGCUGUUAUUUAUGGCUACACGCCUGAAGUAUUUGAGGCAAAAUUAAGAGGUACUGCAUGUGGCAUAAGUUCUGCAUUUGGGAGAAUGUGA